GAGAGAACUAGUUGACCUUUCCUGGCAUGGCGUCCAACAUGUCCAAGGGGGCACAAAAUGUGACGGGAGGGCUUAGUAAAUGGCAAGUAGCCCUUGCUGUCGGUGCUCCUGUUGCCCUAGGAUUGGCGGGUCUGUGGUACUAUAAGAAACUGAAGGCAAAACCAGAGGAAGAGCCUUCACUGGACAAGCUCAAAGACGUUGAAGCAGUCAAAAAGGAAGAGCAGAAGCCACUUACUCCUGUUGAGAAAGCUAAUGCGGCUAAAAACAAGGGUAACAAGUACUUCAAGGCUGGUCAAUAUGACAAGGCUAUUGAAUGCUACUCCGAGGCCAUCAAGAUAUGUCCUGCGGAACACAAGACAGAGCUGUCGACGUUUUAUCAAAACAGAGCUGCUGGUUAUGAACAGUUGAAAAAUACCAAGAAAGUGAUAGAAGACUGUAAUAAGGCUUUAGAGUACAAUAGCCGCUAUACAAAGGCUUUAUUUCGAAGAGCCAAGGCCUGCGAGACUGAGAAUGAUCUUUCACAGAGUCUAGAAGAUGUGACUGCCGUGUGUAUCUUGGAAGGAUUCCAGAAUCAAAUGAGCUUGCGUAUGGCGGAUCGAGUCCUGAAGGAAAUCGGACGAACGAAAGCAAAAGAAGCAUUCAUGAAUCGUCGACCCAUUCUUCCAUCCCAGCAAUUCAUCAGAACAUAUUUCUCAGCCUUCGCCAACGAUCCCAUUAUGAAUUCCAUAAGCGACAUUGAAAAUAUUGAAGUCCAGGCGAACGACACGACCGAAAAAGACAUUGAUGGAAAAGAUUCAAGCCCCUAUCAGCAAGCCAAGCAGUGCCUUGCUGCACGCGUGUACGACAACAUCGUAAAGCUAUGCACUGAAGAGAUUGAGAAUGAAAUGAGUCCCUAUCUUGCUGAAUCUCUGCUGUUGCGUGCAACCGUCUACCUACUGCUGGGAGAGGGUGUCGAAGCUAGGAAAGACCUUGACAGGGUUCUGGAUAUGAACAACCUGGACCAACAGAUACGCACGAACGCCUUGAUCAAAUUGGGAAGCCUGAAAAUGCAAAACGAAGAAAAGGAAGCUGCUCUUGCCGACUUUGCCGCGGCCGCCAAAGACGACCCAGAAAAUUCCGACAUCUACCAUCACCGAGGCCAACUCCAUCUUCUCCUCGAACGUGUUGAAGAGGCGUUGAAGGAUUUUGACGAAUGUGUCAAGCUAAACCCGAAUUUCCCCAUCGCUCAGGUGCAGAAAUGUUACGCUGAGUAUCGAUAUGCGUUUACCAUUCACAGUCCCAUGCAGCUCCAGUCGGCUAUCAAAUCAUUCGAAGAAACCGUUCAUAAAUUCCCCAAAUGUGCCGAGGGAUUCGCACUCUAUGGCCAGUCACUGUGUGACCAGCAGUUGUUCGAGAAGUCUGAUGAGUUCUUCCUCAAAGCCCUAGAAAUCGAGCCGGAUAAUGCUAACAUUUAUGUUCAUAGAGGAUUAUUACGUAUCCAGUGGAGGCAGGACAUGGAGGGAGCCGCCAAACUAAUCACCAAGGCAAUUGAGGUCGACGACAAAUGUGAAUUUGCCUACGAGACUUUGGGAACCAUUGAAGUUCAAAGGGGCAAUCUUGACGGAGCUAUUGAACAUUUCAACAAAGCCAUCAAACUCGCCAAGACUGAGAUUGAGAUGUCUCACCUGUUUUCACUCCUCGAUGCUGCCAUUGCUCAGGCUAAAGUCGCCAGAAAUUUUGGUAUUCAGUUCCCGUCUGGUACAAUGUAAAAACUCCUUGCUUAGAUCAUCACAAAGAGUAAAACAGUUGAACCUCUCUAUUAAGGACACCCUCGUUACUGUCAAGUGCUGUCCUUAAUAGAGAGGUGUCCUGAUUAGAUAGGUCAAAUUGAAUGGAAACAACCAAUUUGGGACCAAAACUAGUGUCCUUAAUAGUGAGGUUGGCCUUAUUAGAGAGGUGUCCACGAAGGGAGGUUCCAGUGUACUCAUUUCCGACAACUAAGGUGUGUGUGCAGGGUCUGCAUCAAAAUGAGAUUGGGUAGCUCUCUUUGUGACCUUUUCAUUUCCUACAGAUCUAUCUAUUUGAAAGUAUUUUAGCAAACAAUAGUCAGAAACUGCAUUUUUAAAAGACACACAAAAACCAAGGACUCAUUUGAACAAAGGAAGCCAUGUCUAGUAUGUGGAACUUUUGCCUUGUUAUAUCAGUCAUCACAUAUUUCUCACUAUUGCCUUGUUAAAAUGCCUUCUAAUUCAUUGUAAUGGAAGAAAAAUGGAUGCACAGUGGAGCCUUUCUUAGCAGACACCUUCAAUGAGAGCACUAAUUUUGGACCUGAAUUGGUUGUUUCAAUUGGUUGUCUUUACCAUCCAGAGUCAAAUGCGGAAUACAUGAAUAGGAUGCAUAAAUGGGUUCAAAAUCCAUUGUAUUGUGUAGUUCUUCUGUAUCUAUAACUCAUUCGAUCAUUUUUUGUUCAUUUUUGGUUCAUUGAAGUAUGUCAAUGGCUUUGAUAGAAUGUUGAAUUGAUUUUCAUUUUCCGCUGAAUAUGUUAGUUUAAUAUUUCUCAUGUAGUGUACUAUAGGACUAAAACAUUUUUUCCGAGUCAUCCCCUAGGUCUAACCCUUUCGCUGGCAAAUUUUCCAUCUGAAAUUAAGAUUUUUUUCCACCAAAUGUUAAGUAGUAACUCCCUCAUCGACAGCUCAGUGAUACCUCAUCAGAAAAAAAACUACCAACUUCAUUGUUCAUUUUCGCCAGAAGUUUUAUCAGGUGCAGAAUUCUUGAGACUCACAUCCAAUAUUAAUGAUCUGAUGAAUAAACGACUGGGGUUUCCCGCGCUCUGGACCAAUGCGAUAAAAACAUCUGGGAUUCUCUGUACUAGGCAACAACUUCUAAUAGAAAUAAAGAUUUGGGUAUGGAUCAAUGCUUUAGGGAGGAUCUCCAGCAAAAGGGUUUAAAAAUUACUAUCAGUAGGUUCUAUUAGUAGGUCCGUAGUUCAGUUGAUUGAUAUUCCAGAAUAAUUCCUGGGUAAUUCUAGAUGAUUUUAGAUAAAGCCUGCUGUGGUUCUGGGCCAGGUUGUUCAAAACACAUUGUCACAAACGCUGGUGUUUACUUGGCGAUAUGUCUAACUGAAUUAACUUAGCCAGGUUAAGUUAAUGCCAUGGUUAGUGACAAAAGAACAAUCUGUGUCAUUCAAGAAACAAUCCUCCAAUCCGUCACUCGGGCUCAGUCUCUUUAGAUAUUUGUAUCAGACGUCUAAAGGGUUCUGUUGUCAGAGUCACUCCGGCUCAGUCUCUUUAGAUAUUUGUAUUAGACGUCUAAAGGGUUCUCUUGUCAGAGUCACUCAGGCUCAGUCUCUUCAGAUAUUUGUAUCAGACGUCUAAAGGGUUCAGUUGUCAGAGUCACUCGGGCUCAGUCUCUUCAGAUAUUUGUAUCAGACAUCUAAAGGGUUCAGUUGUCAGAGUCAGUCUCUUUAGAUAUUUGUAUCAGACGUCAAAAGGGUUCUGUUGUCAGAGUCACUUGGGCUCAGUCUCUUUAGAUAUUUGUAUCAGACAUCUAAAGGGUUCUGUUGUCAGAGUCACUUGGGCUCAGUCACUUUAGAUAUUUAAGUCUAAUCUACUGAAUUCGAAACUGCCUGUGAACUGGUUCAAUCCAAAGUAACUUGGUGAUUUCUUCAACCCACCGUACGCCAAAUUUUGGUGGGGGGUUUGUUUCACAGGUACAAGUACAUUCAUGUAAAUGAAACUUUAUUGUAUUCCUCUGUUUCUUGCUGACCAUUUAUGUUACAUUCCAAACAACUUGGAAUAAAGAUAGAUUUACAGGUGUUUGAA